AUGAUACAAAUCUCAAACUCUUCAUCGUUUACUACUAAGCAACCGUCCACGACCGCUCUUGUUUUCGGGUACGUAGGUUUAUUCCUGUCAUGCGCUGCAUUCGGCACCAUGUUUACGCCACUGAAACGAACGAACACCAAAGAUGGAUUUUUCGUUCAAUGGGUCCAGUGUAGCGUCGUGCUUGUGAUCGGCUUCGUCGUCAACGUCAUUCAAGGAUUUCCGCCAUUUCAGUGGAUUGCCGCCACUGGCGGAGCGCUGUUCGCCAUAGGUAACGUUCUUGCUGUACCAGUAGUGAAUGGUCUUGGCAUGGCUAUCGCUUUUCUUAUAUGGGGAUCUUUGCAGAUUCAACAGCCUUACCAGCCCCUUUUAAUGCAGCAGAAAAGUGGACUAAUGUCUCAAACACGUCAAGAAUACCGCGUAUUGCUCACAGAGUGCUUGGACGCUGCCCUCUGGAAGUUAACUGACACGUCUGGUGAAGAUGCGAAGCUUUCUAGCGGAGUUCUCUUCAUAUUCGUCAAACAGUCGGAUGGGAAAUCGACGAAGGAUGCCAUCGACAUGGAGCGAAGUGACUGGACAAACUCCGAUGUAGCAUGCGAUUCGAACAGCUCUGAAGAAGCAAACUGGAUGCUGGACUAUACAUGGUCAUUCUUUUCUACGGUAUUCGUUGUCUCAACGAUCUUCUUUUUUUUGUACUGCAUAAUUCGACGAAAAAGCGUCUAUAUUAGUAAAGAAGUGAUAAUACCAGCUGCUGGAUACGGUAUGCUCUGGUCUGCCGGAAUGGUAUUUUGGCUUAUUUCAAGUGAUGUGCUAUUGCAAGUGAUCGUCUACCCGAUCGUUACCCGAGUUGGUAAAUUCAUUUCAUAA